CUUGGAAUAAAAGCACAAUAGAGACCUUUGCCUCCGUUGUCACUUUUGACUUUCAACAAAUUUCAACCCCAAUAUUGUUCAAAAUUAUUUGUGUUCGUAACCUUCCUUGAAAGAUUCCCACCAAGACGCAGAAGUACGAUGAGAUGCAGGAUGCAGAAACCGGAAAAGGGCGGUGUAUGAGCAUGCAGGCCAUGCAGACGUUGUACGAUCUGAGGGAGAACAACCAGUUAUGCGACGCCAUCAUAGUCCUUGACGACGGGACCGAGAUCCCCAUCCACAGGGCCCUCCUGUGCGCCUGCAGCAACUACUUCAAAGCCGCAUUUACGACCCUCCUACACAACAAGAACGAGACCAAGGUGCAAAUACCAGGCGUCAGCUCGGAGAUGAUGCACAUCCUGAUCAACUACGCCUACCUGCGGAAGCUAGACCUGAACAAGAACAACGUUUUCGAUGUCCUGAUCACGGCCGAUUAUCUGAGCAUGUUGGGAGCGUUGGAAAUGUGCUGUAAAUAUUUGGAGAACAUCCUCAGCGCGAAGAACUGCAUCGGAAUUCUGCUCUUCGCCCGAAACCACUUCUGCACUGAUCUUGCGCAAGCCUGCUGGCGCUUCAUCAUGAAGAACUUCAUCCAAAUCGCGCAGCAAAGCGACGAGCUCUUAAUGUUGGCACUGAAGGAUUUUCAGGAAAUCAUCAAUGCGGAUAAUCUCAAUGUGAAAAGCGAGGAGAUCGUCUGGGAGACGAUCCUCAAGUGGAUCGAUUACGAUCCGGAGCAGAGGAAAGCGCAUAUUGUCACGCUGAUGAAGUGCAUCAGACUCGGGUUGCUGGAAACCCAGUUCUUCAUGGAAAAAGUCAAAGACCACCCGUACGUCACAUCCUGCGAAGAAAGUAGACCGAUGGUCAUCGAAACUUUGAAAUUCUUAUACGAUCUCGAAAGAAUCAUGCACAAGAAUGGCGAGGUGGUCACCCCCGAAAUCGCGCGUCCCCGCCUGCCCCACGAGGUGCUGUUCGCCAUCGGCGGCUGGAGCGGCGGCUCGCCCACCAACUACAUCGAGACCUACGACACGCGCGCCGACCGAUGGGUGAAGAUCGAGGAGGUGGACCCGGCCGGGCCCAGGGCCUACCACGGCACCGCCGUGGUCGGCUACAACAUCUACGUGAUCGGCGGCUUCGACGGCAUGGACUACUUCAACUCGUGCCGGUGCUUCGACCCCGUGAAGAAGGCCUGGAAGGAGAUCGCGCCCAUGCAUGCGAGGCGCUGCUACGUCAGCACGGCCGUCCUGAACAACAUCAUCUACGCCAUGGGCGGGUACGACGGCCACCAUCGGCAGAACACGGCCGAGAAAUACGAUUACAAGACCAAUCAGUGGUCGCUAAUUGCCUCGAUGAACAUGCAAAGGUCCGAUGCGAGCGCUUGCAACCUUAAUAACAAGAUUUACAUCACUGGCGGUUUCAACGGCCAGGAAUGCAUGCACUCGGCGGAGGUGUACGACCCGGAGCUGAACCAAUGGACGCUGAUCAGCGCCAUGCGAUCCCGGCGCUCCGGAGUGUCGUGCAUCGCCUACCACGACUACGUGUACGUGAUCGGCGGCUUCAACGGCAUCUCCCGGAUGUGCAGCGGCGAGAAGUACAACCCCCAGAGCAACACCUGGACGCCCGUGCCCGACAUGUACAACCCGCGCAGCAACUUCGCCAUCGAGGUGAUCGACGACAUGAUCUUCGCCAUCGGCGGCUUCAACGGCGUCACCACCAUCUACCACGUGGAGUGCUACGACGAGAAGACCAACGAGUGGUACGAGGCCACCGACAUGAACAUCUACCGGUCGGCGCUCUCCGCCUGCGUGGUGGACGGCCUGCCCAACAUCGAGGACUACAUCCACAAGCACCGGGACAAGCUGAUGGAGGAGAAGCGCCAGAAGAUGAUCGCGCUGGAGAGCCAGCGGCAGGGCACGCUGAACACCAUCCCCACGCCGCCGAAUCCGCCCAUUCCGCCCAACCCGCCCGAGAACGUGAUAACGGCAGCCCACGGCAACUUGCAGCAGCUGAACAUUUUGCAGCAGCUGAACAACAACAACGACAACAACCAGGUGGUGGCGGUGGCGGCGCAGGACCCCGGCCUGCUGAUGGACAUGGACGAAGCGGAUCACGAUGGGCAGUAGUUGUGUCACUUGAUGUUCGAUUCUUGGAUGGAAGGUGUUUUUUCCCCAUGAACUAUGGUGUGACCGUCUGUUUGAGAUCUAGUUACUAUCAAAUGUACUAUAAGUAUAGAUAUCAUUUUAUUUUAUUUAUACACAUCUUUAUACAUUAAUAUAACAUUUUAUUGAAAUUUC